CCUGAAAGUUCGUAAGGCGAGAUGGAGCUGCAGUGGCCGCCUGCGCACGAAAUGGUCUUCUAGCGUCGUCGGUGCUGCAGCAGCAGCGAGUCAGUCAGUGCGUCAAUGUGCGAGCGAGGGAUCGAGAUCAGCAAUCCGAGCAGAGCAGGGCGGGCGGGCGGAGGCCGAGGGAGGAGAAGAAGCCCGCCGGCACAAAUGGGAUCGGAUGACGACGAGCAUCACGUUGCGGCCAUGAUGCAGCACGAGCACGCGGACGCGGACCGAGAGGAGCGAGUUGCGAUUAUAUAUGCGCGACAUGGUGAGCGAGAAUUGGAGGUGUGAUCGCCGAUUCGUCGUUGUUGCAGUCGUCGUCGUCGAGGGCGAGCAGCAGCAGCAGGAGGACGAGGAGCAAGCCGAUCUGGGCGAGGAGGAGAGCGUGGUGGUGGAUGAAGAAAAAGAGGAAGGUCGAAGAGGAGGAGCAGCAGCAGCAGCAGCAAAAGCGGAUCAUCGACACGAGGAGGAGACGUCCGAUUCUGGCCACUGUGGAGCUGUUGCCACAGCAUGCGAGUUUGGUUCUGCUGGACGGGUUGGCGGAUCCGGGCCUUGUGUCGAUGCCAAUUUGCCACGAGGGUUGCAGUCAAAGCUGGAAAGCCACCCUAAUUGUUCGUAGACGGCAAUUGUGACGGAUAGGAGGGAGUGCGGGAGGAGCUUUUGGAUUAGCCGGGCCACUGGAUUAGCAGUUGGUGUUUGUUGGUGGUCGAGGGCUGGAUCGAGGCGGAGGGGGAGGAGCAGGAGCAGAUCUAUGAUAGAUUGAGCGAAGUGCUUGAGGAAGCGGAGCAGGAAGGAUGUGGCGACUCAAGCAGUUCAUCCCCAAAGAGCAGGCCGGGCUGGAGGGCAAGACAGUGGAUGUCGGAGCACUGAAGCUGCAGGUUAGAAGUACAAUUGCACAGGGAGGGUUCUCGUGUGUGUACUUGGCGAGGGAUGCAUCAUCAGGGCGGCAGUAUGCGCUGAAGCAUAUUAUCUGCAACGAUGCAGAGAGUGUAGAUCUUGUGAAGAACGAAGUCGCGGUGAUGAAGGUGCUGCGCGGACACCCGAACGUGGUCACAUUGCAUGCGCAGGUUGUCUAUGAUAUGGGCAGGACCAAGGAAUGUUUCCUCGUCAUGGAUUACUGCGAGAAGAUGCUGGCGAACGUGUUGGAGCAGAGAGGGGCUGGUUAUUUCGAAGAGAAGCAACUCCUGUUGAUCUUCCGGGACAUUUGCAAUGCCGUCUACGGAAUGCACUCGCAGUCCCCUCCAAUUGCACACAGAGAUCUGAAGGUAGAGAAUGUUCUGAUGGGCGGAGAUGGUACUUGGAAGCUCUGCGAUUUUGGAAGUACAUCUACGAAUCAUAAACGGUUCGAGAAGGCAGAUGAGAUGGGCCUUGAGGAAGAUAAUAUUCGGAAAUACACUACACCCGCUUAUCGGGCACCUGAGAUGUGGGAUCUAUUCCGAAGAGAGCUCAUCAACGAGAAAGUUGAUAUUUGGGCUCUUGGUUGCCUCUUGUACAGAAUAGCCUACUUGAAGUCUGCCUUUGAUGGUGAGUCAAAGUUGCAGAUAUUGAAUGGCAAUUAUCGCAUUCCAGAGGCGCCGAGAUAUUCGAGUACUGUCGUCGACUUGAUUCGAAGCAUGCUUACAGCAGAUCCAGGCGGAAGACCAGAUGUCAUGCAGGUUUGGCGCCGUGUGAAUGAAGCACUUCCCGCUGAUGUGAAGAAGCCUCAUCCCGACAAGCCACCGUCCGCUCCAGCCUCUCGCGAGCAAGCUGAGAUUCGUCCUGAUCUGCGCACUAACACACAAAGCAAGGCACCCGCGCCAGCGAGAUCACCUCCUCUACCUCCAAGUCAGAAAGACUCUGAUCGGAGAUCGGCACAAAAUGGCUCCGGGGGAAUAGCUGCUGGUGCAUUUUGGUCAACUCAAUACGCUCAAGAAGCGGUCAAACAAGAGAGUGAUGCCAGCUUGGAGAAACCUGUAGGUACGGAUAACCCCGCGAAACUUAGAUCUAGUAGUCCGGGAUCUAGGUCAAGACGAGAGGAAUCAACUCCUGCAGAAAGGACUUCUAUUACAGGCCAGUUUUUGAAGAAGAGCACUGUAACUAAUCUGAUAAAAAAAGUCCAAGGUUCAGUACAGAGUGCAGGGGGUUGGGGUCGAGAUGAUCCUGAACAUAAUGGAUAUGAGAUGAGGCUUGAGUCAGAUGAUCAAAAGGCUGAUGAAGAAGUAGUGAAAGGGUAUUCUCACUUGUCAUCAUCUCAAGCAGUUGGGGUUCCGGACAAAUCUGCUCCAUCAAACGAUGCAGCCUUCAACGAAUUUGCAGCCCACUUCGAGAGCUCUGCCAACCUGACACCGGAUGCAGGCAUGCGACGUAAUUCCGACACAAGCAAUCGAAGUCAAUCCGAUGCAGCCGGUCGUAGUCACCAUGAUAUGGGCAGCAGAAAUUAUGCGGAUACAGGCAAUCAGAACCCUCAGGACUCUGGGAACCGAAAUCAACAAUACCAGGCAGAUCUUGAGAGGCUGAACAAAGAGCUCCAGCAGGCGUUGGCUGAGAAAGCAGUGGUUUCAUCACAGUACGAAAAGCUGACAGCCAUAUGUCGCUCACAGCGGCAAGAAAUCCAAGAAUUGAAAUCUGCCCUAGCGUCUACCAGCACCCCCAGUCAUCCGAUGUCUGCUAGGACGCGAACUUCUCCAGCCGCCAGUCACUCUGUUCACAGUCAACCGCAACAGCAGGCUCCUGGUGGUUGGCAGGCUUUUGAUCAGCCUAGGGAGAGGCAAAGUGGAUCCAUCUGGGAUCUGCAAGAGGGGCUUUCCCCAGGUGGUAGUAAAAGUCAACGAAUGAAUCAUGCAAUGCCUUUGUCACCCGAUUCAACAAAUUGGCAAGCGUUCAGCGAUUCUCCCAGCAGGCUAGGGGUCCCGAGUCCUUUGUCUGAAGGCCGCAGACGUACGGUGCAGCAGCAUGCGAGGGCCGCUAGCAUGGGUGGCGGUGACUGGGGCUUUAGUCCGUCUCAGGACAGUCCUUCUAAUAACGGUGGUUCGCAAUCCCAAUCUCCGACGGGGAUGUUUGGAAACGUCAGUACAUACACUGGAAGUUCUGCAGGUAACACAGUCUCAGUAGGUGAUAGUCGAUCCUCUCGGCCAGCAGUACGACAUCAGCCCUCAGGUUGGGCCGGCUUCUAAUUUCGGCUGAUCAUUCAAUUUUAUAGAUAUCUGAAUAGAUAAAUUCAUUCCCUAGGAAGUACUUACCCAUCAAGAAAAAUUGUCGGGUACUCUUCCUGGAAAGACACCACAGCGAAGUUUCUUUGCUGGAAGAUAUCCGGAUCAUCAAAGCAAGCUCGAAAUAUCUGUAAGGCCGUCUUACUUGGGAACAAUGCAAAUGGGUAAUCUUUGUUCGAAUUCCGAAGAAGUCUAGUCUUUCCUUAGUUCACCAUCCUUUGUGUUGUAGUUUAGCAUGACUUUUCUUUUCAGAUCAUACCUUUUUCUAUCCGUUUCAAAUGUAUCUGCCCGGUAGUUAAAUUGUGGUGAAGGAUUACUACGAGCGUAAAUGAAGUUUAGCUGCUCCAUUCAAGAGGCUAUCGCAAAGAUCUUCAACGGGCAUACCAUAUCGUGAGUAGUUACAAAUUGUCGCUGCUUGUAUUUUUGCUGGAGAGUGUUCUCGACUGCUGAUGAGGAUUCAUUCCCGUGGAUUGCAGAAGCUCAGACCAUUGUUUAGAGUUUCGUUCUUUGGAGUUGAAACAGAUGUACAGCGAUUAAUAGAUGAUUGAGUUAUUUUCCAGUCGGAAUAUUGGCGUCUUCUAGUGUGUCUUGACUAUGAAUGGAAGAUACUUUCCAUGUUGAGAAGGCCUACGACUGAGCCGACGAUGCUGUUGACGUACAUAUGCAUACUUUCUUUCAUUGAGCCGUUGUUGAACGACUUUGUUAAAUAAAAGAUCACGAAUGUCUUU